UCACCUUCUCUCCUAUGUCGGUCUCGUUCAUCAUAAACACUUCUCAGCAAGAUUUCUGAUUUUAUAAACCCUAAUUCUCUCCGCCGAUCCAAUCUCGCCACAUUUAUUCCGUGAAGAAUGGUGGAGAAUUCAGUAAAACCAUCCUCAAACGACACAUUGGCAUCUAGACCAAUGGCUAGAAACCUAAAAGGUGUUGGUGAUCUUGCAGAGGACUUAUCUCGUAUCAGUGAUGCUGAGGUUGCUGGUUAUCUAAAUACUAAAAAAGAGUCCCUUCUAAUGAAGAUAGCUUGGGAAAUGAUGAACCCUGAAUACAAAAAGGAGACGCAGAGGAAACCCAUCACUGGGAAGAAGAAAGAUCCUGUUAGUAAGAAUGCUCCUAGUAAGAAAACUUCUUCAACCACAACCCAAAUCAAUACAGAAAGUGACAAGAAAAAAAGACUGAGUUCAUAUGUCAAUUUGGAUGUCUUGGAUAAGCUAUUUGAUGAUGAGAACUCUCCAAAGAGGACUAAGUUAGAGGAACGAGACGUUGGUGACAAAAUGGAAAAAUUUCAGGAAAGCAGUGAAGAAUGCCUUUUGGAACAUGAGGGUGCAGAAGAAGAUGAACCAGUCUUGAACGAGGAUUACAGUAAUGAAGAUGCUAAUACAGGAGAUGACGAAGAAUUCUAUGGCGAUGCUGAUCUUGAAUAUGAAGAUCAAGAUGAAGGAGAAGAUAAUGAAGAUAUAAUUUGGUGAUCUCAACAUGGCUUAACAAACAUUGUUUUCUUGUCCAAGAUCUUUACAUGUUUGUUUUUUGGCUGUCUUAUUUAAAUUCAUCAUUUUUUCCUAUCAAAUAAAUGAAAGCUUUCACAUUGAUCUGCUAAUUCACAUUGUUCAAAAAGUGUCUCUCCUAGUUUUUUGUCCACUGCAGAUACAUUCUUCUCUUCUACUCUCAGCAAUUGCAAACAUUCUCAGUUUGGUAUUGCAAUCUGAGCAGGUGAGGCAGCAAGACAAAACUUGGUUUCUCAUGGCUUGUUCUAUGAUGAGUGGCUGGAAUGUGGAACGUUAAGUUUCAUCUGAAUCUCAUUUUCUGGAUUAUCACGUAGCUCUUUGAGUGCAUUCACCACGUUUUGAGCUAGAUCUUCAUAAGCUUUUGAUACUACAGAACCAGGUGUAGAAACAACCACAGGAACACCCUCAUCAGAACCCUCUCUGAUCUUCAUUUCCAGUGGAAU